AGCCGGGGCCGCCGUCGCUGCUGCUGCCGCCGCCGGGGAAAGACCGAGAGCGGAGCUGGUAUAGGUCCCUGGAGAGAGCGAGGCCGCCGGGUGGCCCGUCCGGGUCCAGGUUGAAGCCAGGGGCGUGCGGCUAUGUGAGCCAUGAGCGCGACGUGGACUUUGUCACCGGAGCCGCUGCCGCCAUCGACAGGACCCCCAGUGGGUGCGGGCCUGGACGCAGAGCAGCGCACGGUGUUCGCCUUCGUGCUCUGCCUGCUCGUGGUGCUGGUGCUGCUGAUGGUGCGCUGCGUGCGCAUCUUGCUCGACCCCUACAGCCGCAUGCCCGCCUCGUCCUGGACCGACCACAAGGAGGCGCUCGAGCGUGGGCAGUUUGACUACGCGUUGGUGUGAGGGGCUCGGCGUCCCGGGCCGGCCCUUAACUGUGCCUCCGAGGGUCAUCCGGGCAGGGGCACCUCCUGGCCAGGAGUGCACUGCGGAUCCUGGCCCGGAAUCCCCAGCCCGGGGCCCGGGCGUUAAGAGAAGCUCCGCCCUCCCUUAACCCCGCCCAUCUUUCCCCCUUGGCCUGGCCGGAGUCGCGCCUCGUGCCUUUAUUUGCCCUGCCCCAUCUCCGCUGCACUCUGAAUCCCAGGUGGGAAAAGGAUUCCCGCACCGAUCCCCGUCUUUCCCAGCGUGUAAGUGGCUCUGCUAUUGUCCUGCCUGUGGGCAUGAGUGUCGUGUUCUUUCCUGAAAGUGGGGACACUCCUUGUCCUCCACACCUCUGUCUUCUGACCACCCUCAAUUUCACCGUGAUUAAGUGCUGAGCCCCUCCUUGAGCUCCGGCCCUAAUGGCGCUCUCUCGGGCCCACGGGUUGGAUGGUUGCUUCUAAUAAUAUCCUGCGCGGCCUGCCCCGAGAGGGACCCUUGACGACCCAUUGUGGCUGUUGUGUCCAGGAUGUGUGGAGCCUUCGGUGGAGGAGGAGUGCGGGGCAGGCUCAUCCCCGCCCCAAGCCUGGGCCCCAGUACAGGUCAGCGCGCCCUUCCUCGUGCCACCGUCCGUCCCCAUCGGCCCCCCUGCUUCCUCCCGCUGCCACCCUACCCUACCUCUCAUGCCUUUUCACUUCUCCCUGCCAGAG